CCUAUUCCCAAUUCUUCAAUCUCUGUAUCACUAUCAGAGCAGGCGCGGCCUUGGAAGAAAGAAAGAGAGGGAAAUGGCAGCGGCGUCGUUUAGGUGGAUACUGCAGUUGCACAAGGACGUACCAAAAGCCGCUCGCUUCUACGCCCAAGGCUUGGACUUCUCCGUAAAUGUCUGCACUCUCCGCUGGGCUGAGCUUCAGUCGGGCCCACUCAAGCUUGCCCUCAUGCAUUCCCCCAAUGACCAUGUGAUGCAGGAGGGGUACUCUUCUCUCUUGUCUUUCACAGUCCCAGACAUUAAUCACACAGUGACAAGGUUGAUGGCAUUAGGAGCUGAACUAGACGGUCCUAUCAAAUACGAAAUCCAUGGGAAGGUUGCGGCCGUGCGAUGUAUCGAUGGGCACAUGUUAGGCCUCUAUGAACCUGCCUAGGAGUUUCAGAAGCAAAGCCGUCGUAAAAUGCAACAAGCUGAAGACAUUGGUAUCUUUGAACCCAUUGAGAAGAUGUGAGAAGUUACACUUGUCUCGGAUUCCCUUCAAUAAUCCACUGUUUGAUCAACCAGAGAUCUAUUGGAGCUGCGUGCAUAGCUAAGAAAACAGUGUAUCCAUGAUUUAGAGGGAAACGGGUUCAUUUUAUGGUCUCAAUUACCUUCUCAUGCAGAAUGUAGAUGGUGUAGAAUUGUUUGAGUUGUUUUUGAAAUACGGGAGCAAGUCUAUUUGUAGACAAAUGAAAAGGCAAAUAGAAAUGCCAAGCGCAAAUUUGAAAA